UUGAAUGCGGCCAAAGGGAAAGGUCUUUACUGGGUUUAAUAACCCAAGGCACGAAUACGCGCGAAGGUGACUGGCCGUGGCAUGGAGCCAUAUACAGACGAAAAUUUUCGGUAUUCUCGGAGGCAUACAUCUGCGGAGGAACUGUUAUAAGCGAAUAUUUUAUCCUGACAGCUGCCCACUGCACGAUUCCCACAUUUUUGGAAGCGGAUAUGUUCUACGUAAAACUUGGGUUGCACAACCGCAGUUCGCCGUCCGAAAACACUCGAGUACACGAAGUUGUAGAGGUGAUUCGUCAUUCCGACUUCGACGAGAGGACCCAUCACAAUGAUAUAGCAUUAUUACGAUUGGAAAAUGACAUCGAAUACUCGGAUUACAUCCAACCUAUUUGUCUGUGGCCUGUACAGAGAGCUGAAGACGAUGAGGUUAUCAGUUCUUCCGGAACGGUUGUUGGUUGGGGAACGGGUGAUUUCAGCAAAAAGACUGGUAUGGAAAUUCUUCAGUAUGCAACUCUAUCGGUAAUAGAUUAUGCUACUUGUUUAGCAAGUAACGAAAAGCAUUUCAAAAAGUAUCUAUCGAAAGACAAAAGCCAAUUUUGCGCCGGUAACAAAAAUAUGACAAAUGUUUGCGACGGAGAUAGCGGAGGAGGAAUAUAUUUUAGACUUGGAUCGUCUUGGUACAUCAGAGGUUUAGUAAGCAAUGGGGUUAAAUCUGAUGAAGAUAAUCGCUGCGAUCCUUCACAAUAUGCCAUAUUUUCCAACAUACCGUUCUACUUGAAGUGGAUCAGCAAUCAUCAAGAAAAAGCAAAACAGAGGAAUUUGUUCAACCUAGGGGAUUGUGGCCUCGACUCGCAUAAUAUGACUGUAAAAGAGAGUGAGAAACCUCUAUUUUUACAAUACCCAUGGACAGCCAUGCUGGAAUUUCAAGUAUUAGGUACGCCGUAUGUCAAAACAAUGUGUAACAGUGCGUUAAUACAUCCACGGUACGUUUUGACAGUAGGACAUUGUGUGGGUGAAACAGCUAUGCAGCUGAAACUAAAAUCGGUACGGCUGGGAGAAUACAAUCUGGAAACCAAUCCAGACACGGAAACAGGAGAUCAAAACAAAAUCGCCGAUCCCAUACAGUCGAUAGAUGUUGUAGACUUUUUCAGGCAUCCUGGCUUCAACAAUCCACGGUAUGACAAUAACCUGGCGAUUUUGAAGCUAAAAUAUCCAGCGGACGUGACGAAGGCCAACGUGAAACCAAUAUGUCUGCCCGUCUUGGAGGACUUUAGUGAGCAGUAUACCAUCACCGGAUGGAAAAGAGUUGGCAAAAAUUCAAACCUCCUUCAACGUGACAAAGUUUUGCUGGAUAAGUUUGCGAUCUGCCAGGAAAUGUAUAGCAAGUUCAAAAUUUCACUAGAGAAUGAACAAAAUUUGCUCUGUGGUUCAUAUCAUCACGAAGAACUGAUGAAUUGUUUCCAUUUUAUGAGCGGAGCUCCCUUGCAGUAUGUAAAAAACGUCGAUCGGAAGAAUAGAUAUUUCUUAAGGGGUAUUUUCUCUGCUGGUUACCCAUCAUGUCAGCAAAACUACUCAGACAUGUUUAUGAAUGUCUUGAGCUACAAUAACUGGAUAACUAGCGUGAUAAAAGAUGACCUGUAGCGAACGUUCAAUGUGAAUAGAUCAUUGAAUGCAUGCCGAUUUUCCCAUAGUUUCGUUUUAUUUCAAGAAAAGAUUUUUUUUCUCUCUAUACCUAAGUCUAGUCACUUGUCAGUAGUGGCUAUUCUUGAUUCCUUCACAAUAAUUCUCUCUAUUAUAUAGAGUUUCAACUCGCCGCACGUGUUAACAUAAAUAAAUAAAUAAUAGUGGAACAAAUCAAUGAA